UCCCAUUGGUAGAGGAGUGUAGGUAUUGCCCUUAACUGCAGGGCAGUUUUAUUAUUUUCCCGCUCGGUAAUUUAUUGGAUUGUGUGGAAGUGUAAACUGGUCCCAGAACGGGUUUAAAAGAGGCAACCAAUUUGACCCGACUAUCACAUGCACAGCACAGCACUUUUGGCCGCCGGCAAAACAUAUGAUUCUUAGGAACGUGAUCAGAAACCACAUGACCCAUCUACUGAACGUUAAGGGAAAUCAAAUAUUUAUCUGGGGACAUGGAUCAAGUUUACCUCAAACUUUAAUUCCACUUUCUUCCCUAGUAGCCUACUUGUGUUCGCGGACUCAUUUCUUGGUUUCUUAGGGUAGUUAGAGCGACAGAGAGAGAAAACCGGAACUAGGAAGCAAAUUAUCUCCUAAAAAGAGGACAUCGGAAUUAUUUAUGAACGUUGUUGAGGCUUGUCCAAAUAGCCAGGCAACCAUGGUAACACCAGUGCAACUUUUUAUCACAUUUGUGCUUCUCGUGGUGAGUUUGGCAGACGAUGUUAAACUAAAACACAAACCAGCCUCAAAACCUGUCCGACUGUUCACAGACGAAGAUUUAAAAACGCACGACGGGAGUGAGGACGGGCAUCCCAUUUACAUGGCCAUAAAAGGAGUGGUGUUUGAUGUUACCAAGGGAAAAGAGUUCUAUGGGAAAGAUGGACCAUACAAUGCCUUGGUUGGAAAGGACUGCACAAGGGCUGUGGCCAAAAUGUCCCUUGAGCCAGCUGAUCUGACUUCUGACACUACGGGCCUUACUGAAGAGCAGCUCCAAUCCCUUGAGAGUGUAUUUGAGGGCACGUACAAGACAAAGUACCCUAUUGUAGGCUACACCGCCAUACGCAUCCUCAACCAGGAUGGUAGCCCCAAUGAGGACUUCAAGCCUGAAGACCAACCUCAUUUUAACAUCAGAGACGAGUUCUAAUCCAAAGGAGUUUUCGGCACUUUUUUUUGUUUGUUGUUGCUCUGAUAUAUUUUUGGUACGCCCCAAAAAACUGUGGAGGCCAUUAAGAUUCAAUACAGUGUGAUCCUCAAUUUGCUCAUGAUUGAAAACUGAUUAUUUAUGAAUUCUCAGUCAGAUCAAAAUUGAUAGGACUGCAUGUCUUGAUGUUCUUUGAUGAAGCCCAUAAAGGUGGCCUUACCAAGGGAUAGGCAGCCAUGUGUUUCAGCUCUAUUUUCUUUACCUUAUUUUAGAGACCAUAUUUAUAUCUUUAAAAGAUAUGUACUUUAAGAUAUCAUUUUUAUGUUGACGUCAAUGAAAACAUGGAAUGUUUGUUACUAUGUUGUUAGUCAAAUACACUUUGUAAAAUGUAUUGACAUUCUAAGAACUGAAUGUUUUCCAUUGGUCAUUUAAAUCAUUGUAAUUGGUUAAAUGAGCUAUGAAGCUGCACAGGCCCUAUAUCAUUAAUUUAAUGUUAAAGUAGUUUAAAACAUUAUUAUUAAAAUAGUAGGA